GCGGCCCAGGCCUGGUAGAUGGCAGCACGGAGUGAUAGCACGCUGAGGUAACAUGGCGGCCGGCGUAGGCGCGUGGGGCGGACGACCUCUCGCGCGCUUACUGCUUCUCGCUAUUUUACAUGUAAAUUUUAUUGCUCUAGGCUUGGAGCCAGAUUUCCUGUACCCGCUGGAAAACGUUACCAUCGCACAGGGUCGGGACGCAACCUUUACGUGUGUCGUGAACAAUCUUGGCGGUUACAGGGUGGCGUGGAUUAAGGCGGACACCAAGGCAAUCCUGGCAAUCCACGAGCACGUGAUCACGAACAACGCACGGCUGACCGUCACACAUAACGACUAUAACACUUGGACUCUCAACAUUAGAGGUGUGAAGAGAGAAGAUCGGGGGCAAUAUAUGUGCCAAGUUAACACUGAUCCUAUGAAGAUGCAAACAGCGUUCCUUGAAGUUGUUAUCCCCCCGGAUAUCAUCUACGAAGAAACUUCAGGAGAUAUGAUGGUACCGGAGGGGGGUUCAGCUAAGCUGGUUUGCAAAGCCAGGGGGUACCCUCCGCCAAAGAUUGUUUGGCGCCGAGAAGACGGAGGUGACAUCAUAUCUAGAGGUGGACCACAGGGCAAGACAAAGGUGACAUCACUCGAGGGUGAAAUCGUGAACCUGACGAAAGUGACUCGGUCUGAGAUGGGCGCGUACCUCUGCAUCGCAGCCAAUGGUGUGCCGCCUUCAGUCAGCAAAAGGAUAAUGCUGCAUGUACAUUUUCACCCAUUGGUGCAAGUGCCGAACCAGCUGGUGGGAGCGCCGUCUGGUACCGACGUCACGCUGCAGUGCCACGUCGAAGCCUCUCCGAAGGCCAUCAAUUAUUGGACUAGAGAGAACGGUAAUAUAUACAGAAUUUAA